GUAACAAUGUCAAGUCAUGUCUAAAUUCAGUUUUAGUAUUUCUUAUCAUUAAAAAUGUAACGAAAUGCGUUUGGAUUGAGGAAAAGAAUUAGAUCAAAGCAUGGCAUACAUUUUAGUGAAAUUAUUUUAAACUGGUGGUCGUUGUUAAAAAUCAUUUUAAACAGUCAGAUGGAAAGUUUUAGAGUUUUGCAAGAAAACUUUCAACUGAGUGAAUCAUUUGGACAAAAUUAUCCUGAGGAUUUUGAUGGCACAUUAGACUGUGUUAGUAUUGCCAUCACCUGUGCAUUUAACAGACAGGGAACCAUUCUAGCAGUAGGAUGUAAUGAUGGUAGACUGGUUCUUUGGGAUUUCCUAACACGUGGCAUAGCUAAAAUCAUUAAUGCUCAUGUACACCCAGUCUGUACUCUAAGUUGGAGCAGAAAUGGCCGUAAACUGCUAAGUGCCGCCACCGACAACACAGUGUCAUUAUGGGAUGUUUUGUCCGGAGAGGUUGAGAAAACAUUCCGGUUUCCGUCCCCUAUUCUCAAAGUACAGUUUCACCCUAGAAGCAGUGAGAAGUUUUUGGUAUGUCCAAUGAAACAUGCUGCUGUAAGCAUGGAUAUGGAGGGAUCACACAAGCUUGUUCCUUUAGAUGAAGAUUCAGAUUUAAAUAUAAUGGCAUCCUAUGAUAGACGAGGGAAAUGUAUCUAUACAGGAAAUGCAAAAGGAAGGGUUUGUGUAUUUACGGAGGAUGAUCAUAAAUUAAAGGCUUCAUUUAGAGUGACAACUGGGACAUUAAAUACAACAGCUAUUAAAUCUAUAGAGUUUGCAAGACGUGGCGAUUGUUUCCUGGUAAAUUCAGCGGAUCGUGUAAUACGUGUGUAUGAAAGUGGAGAGAUUCUAGCUUGUGGUAAAGAUGGCGAACCAGAACCUAUACAAAAAUUACAAGAUCUUGUUAAUAAGACAAUGUGGAAGAAGUGUUGUUUUUCGGGUGAUGGAGAAUAUAUAGUUGCAGGUUCAGCUAAACAACAUUCUCUGUAUAUAUGGGAGAAAAGUGUCGGUAACUUGGUCAAAAUUUUACAUGGAACAAAAGGAGAGCUUUUAUUAGAUGUGGCAUGGCAUCCAGUACGACCUAUCAUAGCUUCUAUAUCAAGUGGUGUGGUAUCUGUUUGGGCACAGAAUCAAGUUGAAAACUGGAGUGCUUUUGCACCAGAUUUCAAAGAACUUGAUGAAAAUGUAGAAUAUGAUGAGAGAGAAUCUGAAUUUGAUAUCGAAGAAGAAGGCAAAGAGAAAGAAGAUUUUAAAGAGGAGGAAGAAGAUGUUGAGGUUGAUGUUACCACAGUUAAUGCAAUACAGGCAUUUGUUAGCAGUGAUGAGGAAGAAGAAGAUACAGAAGCUUUGAUGUAUUUACCUGUUGCCCCGGAGAUAGAAGAACCCGAGGAAGGCUGGCCUGUUGUAUCAGAAAUGCCCCAGCAUACAGAGGAAUCUCAGACCAGACCUGAGAAGAGAAAAAAUAGUCAACAAACACCUGACUCUACUAAAAAAUCAAAGUUAAAACCAUUUGAUGUUGACCUUGAAAAUGCCCCCUCAGAUGAAAUACAUCCUUUAUUAAAUGUGAAGAAACCAAAUGAGAAAGUUCAUAAGAAACCAGGCACAAAAACGAAACAGAAAUCUGGCAAAUCUGACAGAUCCAAACAUAAAGGAGAUUGAUACAACAAUUAAGAUAGCCAGGAAGGAUUUAUAAAAACUGAAUGUCAGUGAUGUACACAAAAAUGCCAGCGAAACAAAUACUGAAGAGAGUUUGACUCUAUGAACUAUCACAUAAUAUUAGUCAUUUACUUGCUGUUUUUUGUGUAAUGGAUUGACCCAGAUUUGGAUUUGGAACAGUUCAUUCAUAGUAUAAGGGAUAUCAGUAUGAAAGUACAAAAUUAGAGCAGAAUCAACAGUAUAGAGGGCCUGGUUAGACCACAUGGAUUUACAGGCCGGCCUGGCUCUAUACUGCAUUAGCAAUUCAGCUCCGGCAGGUUAAGGAUUAAUAUAUUUAAUUAAGUGUUGGAUUGCGCAAAGAAAUACUAAGACACAUGUAACGUGAUGUAUUUUAAACUGAAAAGUAAUAAGAUACAGAAUUAUGUCAGUGAUGUGUUGCAUAUGCAGUUAUUUCUGUUUUAUAGAUAAAAUAAUUUGUCUACAUGAUGAUAUAACUAUUUUAAGUUUAAUUUGAAUUAUGAUUGUCUUAAUACCUUAAAAGUGUUCAUGUUGAUGC